GAACGCUUAACAACGUCUUAGUGAAAUCAUCGUUUGUUAUACUCUGGGACUCAGUUGCUUAAAGCCAAACACAAUUUUAUCAUGACGAAAUUCACUCGGGUUCUGUUUUACGCGCUGAACAUAAUGGUCGCCGCAUUUGCAAGAGAGCCAUCUUGUCCCGUUUGCUCGCGUUACGACUAUGAAGAAAGAAUACUGGAAAGAGUAUUACGCAACGAAAUGGCCAUAGACAAUUUGCUCGCCGAAAUCCGACAAACUAACGCCGAAGUGAAGGCUGCGUUGAACAUGAUAAAAGAGGACAAGACUGAGAUAGCCAGUGCAAUACAAGGAGGGCUGUUGACUAUAUCUAAAGCAGUGUCGGCGAUGACGACCAACACAUCAGUUGCAAUUACACAGAUGGAGAGAGAAAACAAGAUAUUAAAAGAUCAGCUAGUGAUUCCACAGGUUCAUUUCUUCGCCCGAAUUGCUGAAGGUCAAUUGAUAAUAUCGCCUGGACAGAAUAUCAUCUUCACAAAUGCGCAAAUCAACGAAGGUCAAGGUUAUGACGUGGCAUCUGGGAAAUUUACUGUCUCCGUCCCUGGGUUAUAUGCCUUCGCAGUCCAGUACUGCGUUAGGCCGAACCAAAAUGGUUACAUUGAUAUUGUGAACCAAGGCACCAUUCUGCAAAGAUCACUUUUUGAAAAAAACAGUGCUGGACCUAAGUGCGUGUCCAUGCAGGCGUUCACCAGGGCUGCUAUAUCCGAUCAGAUCUGGGUAAAAUCAGGAACCGUAAGCAGCAGUGAUCUCCAUGGCAAUAUCUACAUGUUCAAAUCGUUUUCUGGUGUGUUAAUUCAUGUGUAAUAUUCAAGCGGUCCAUACUUUUCAUCGUGCUGAAAUUUAUGCAUGAAACGAAAAUGCUGGUAUUUUUUUACAUAAAACGGUACUGAUCUUUAUGCUUAACACCAUAACAUACCGAUAUAUGAUACAAUUCAUUACAAGGACAAGGGAACAGUGUGACAUUUUGACAUGGGUUAUGACACAAUCGUUAUAAAGAAGAGCGCUAACGUUAUGAAUCCGCGAUCAGAAAACAUUCUUUUUGUUAACUUAAAAAAAGAACUUGCUUUUCGUCUAAACGUUGUAUCUGAUAUAUGUUUAUUCGUGUAACAUACGGAACUUCCUACAAAAUUCUUGCAUGUCUAUUAAUAAAUCACCAGAUGUUAACAUUUAAAGUA